AUGGAAAGGGCUAAUGGAACCCUGGUUUUUAUUUCAAAAAUACAUAGCGUAAGAUCUGUUUCUAUGAGUGAGUUAACUGUCACAGACCAGAAUAAAGUGUUGGCAAGUCAGCAGCCCGAAAAAGAUGAUAAAUGUAACAACCAGGUUGAUUGUACAACAGUAAGCACUAAUGAUCCAAAGGUAAAAAAUACAUUUAACAAUAAUAAUUAAUGUAUCAAAUAUUUUAUGCUAAUUAAUUAUUUGCAUAUUUAUUCUAGUUGAUUUUAUGUCAUGCUAAGUGAGCAAAAAUGUGCUUUUAAAAUUUAUUAUAUAAUAAUUUAAAAAAUGAAACUUUUUAAUGCAUAUUUUGGCAUACUUCGACAUUUACCAAUUUUUUUACAUUUUAAUGGCUUAUUUUGUAAUUUUAUUUGCGUAUUUCAUCUUUUAGUGCAUAUUUCAAUUUUUUUUUUUUAGAUGUUUUUGGAAUAUAUACUAUUAUAAUACAAGAAAAAAAUAUUAUACGAGGUGUAGCUAUUAAAUAACGAGAAUGCUCGCCUAGAGGGCGCCCUAGAUGGGUAGUGAAAAAAACGAGUAAUGCGUUGGGUAUCUAGAUAUCUUAUCUAUGCACGUACCAAAACACGUUUUCGUCACUAUUAUAGUAUUUGUGCAAUAGUGUUUUGAAACGAACGUGUUUUUUUCUCGUGCCGAAUACCAUGUGUGACGAAAAAUAUGAGCAACGGAUAAACGUAAAAUUUUCUCGUUAAACUAAAAAAAACUCCAACUGAGUGCUAUAAGUUGUUAAAAGAGACCUAUAGUGAGGAUUUCCUAUCUCGGGUGCGUGUUUUUGAGUGGCAUAAAUUAUUUUCUGAAGGUCGAGAGUGCACCGGAAUCCAAUUCAGNGGUCAAACUGUGAACCAACAUUACUAUUUGACAGUUUUGGCAACAUUGCGCGAAUGAGUUCGUAAGAAACGGUCGAUAUUGUGGAAAAACAAGUCGUGGAUCUUGCACCAGGAUAAAGCGUGAAGCGUUAUUUGGCCGCUUAAGGCACUCCAGUACUCGAACACGCGUCUUACUCACCCGACUUGGCACCCUGCGACUUUUACUUGUUUCCGAAGAUAAAGUCUGCCUUAAAAGGAAUCCGGUUUGAGUCGAUGGAAGAGGUGAAACAAAAAUCGGUGGAACUCCUGAAUGGUCUUACGAAAACAGACUUCCAGCACUGCCUCGAGCAAUGGAAGAAACGAAUGAAACGGUGUGUGGCGAGGGGAGGGGAGUAUAUUGAAGGGGAGCAUUUUAAUGUAGAAUAAUUUUUAUAAUAAAAUACUUUUUCGUAACCAGUCUCGUUAUUUAAUAGCCACACCUCGUAUUUUUAUAUUUACGAUUGAUAUCAAAAUAAAUGAAUAGGUGAACUUGUAGGUACAAACGAUUUUGCAAAUAUGAUCUUAGAUCAAUAAUCUGUGAAAUAAAAUACGUAUACCAAGAUAAGAAAAUAUCGGUUACGACCAUUAACCAUUGACAUUAUUUCCGUCGCGUUAAAAUAUUUACCGCGUUUUUAUUACUUUAUUUUCAUCAAAAUCGUCGUCAUUGAGAGUCUUAUACAUAAAAACUACCUACAAAAUGAUGAAAGGGACUAAAAAAAAUGAAGAAAAGUAUUUAUAGUAGGGUUCCAUAAUUUUAAAUUUUUUAUUUAAUUAAAUGUUCAAAAAAUAAAUUGUUUUGCUAAUUUUUUAUAUGUCUAUUUUUUAUUUUUCAUGCUUAUUUUAACAUUUUAAUGCAUAUAUAAAUCCGCGCUUUACUAAUAGCUAAUGUUAUCAUGGUUUUUAUUAAGUGCACUAAUUUACAUUUAUUCGCUUACCCAGCAAUAUAGAUUAAAUAGCAAGAGCAUGUAUAGUAGAGCAAUGUAAUUACUCAUAAUAAGAAUGUAUCGCACUUUUUAUAAAUCGUAGUUUGCUGGCUGAUGAAAGAAAUAUAGUAAGCCAUUUUUACAAUCAUUUAUACACAUGUCAUUAGUUAAGAAUAUCUAAUAAUUAAUAUCUUGAUUCUUGUUAUUUGUAUUAUGUGUAUGUGUUAACAAUUUUGUAGACACCACCAGAUAACUUCAAGCUUCCAUUAUUGGAAAUAAAUAAAAAAAGAGAUCUUAAAUUUCAGUACAAAUAGCUUAAAACUUUUCCCGCAUUUAGAUAUUUUUAAAAGCUUAAUGGCGCCUUCUGUAAAUAUUGUAUUGCUUUUGGUUCUUAUGGUGUAGUUGGCUCACAGAAACUAGGUUAUUUUAAUAUAUAAAAUAUAAAAAUAAAUGCAUUUUGUAAAAUAUGAAGCUUAUGACUUUAAUGAAUAUUCCAAUAUUAUUGAGGAGUGUGGGGGGCGUAUUUUAAUGAUGAGUAUGAUAUAAAAGUUCGCUAAAUUAUUUUACGAUAAAUAAGUCAGUUUAAACAAGUCAGCGAUUUCAACGAAAAACCUAUAAGAAAAUAAGAUAAACCGUUAAAAUAAAUCUGCGAAAUAUCAAUCAAUAGUGUAUUGUAUUUCUAUUAACAUUUGAUUUGACCACUUCAUUAGGGAUUACAGAAUUAUUUUAGUUUACUUUUUACAACUAUACAGAUACAUAAAAUGAGAUAAACCGGUGAAAUAAAACUGCGAAAUAUCAAUCAAUACACUUAAGCCACGUUACACACAGAGCGGUUCGUAAAAACUGUUUUCCUUGAUAAGGCUGUCGUGCGGUUUUCUAUUUAUUGCUAAAAUAAAUAGAUUUUCUAUCUAUUUCUUUUUUUGGUACCUAUAGUUUAUAUAUUAUAUACAUUGUAUAUUAGGUACAUAAUAUGGACGGGAUUUUAAAUGAUGUUGAUGUCAUAGCUGUGGCAAAUGCGCUGUAUAAACGUCACUAAUUUAAAAAAAAAAAAUAUUAUUAAAAAACGAUAUUGGAUAUAUCCGAUUAGUUUAAAAAGGCUUCAAGAAGGACAAUUUAUUGUAAAUUUUAUGGCACUGCGAGGAUGUCUCGAAGAGUUUAUAAAAUAGUUUGUUCGUAGGUAUUUGUAAAUAUUAAAAUUGCGUCUCAAUAAAGUAAAAUAUUUAAUAAAGUGGCGUAUCAAUAAUCGUGCCGAGCGCACAUUGAAACGCAUGCGACGAAGCUCAGUGUAGGGCAGCACAGCACCGGAAAAACUGUGUGACCUACAUGAUCGCAUAUUACUAAGCAAUUCUGUGUCAGCCAAAAAUUUAAUGCAUUUAUGUUCUGAAUCAGAUAUCGAUAAUGAAUUUGAUGAACUUUUUUUUCAUACUCAUUAAAUAUACGAAAACAAUUGUGGUAAAGUAAUUUUACAAAAAAUAGGAAAAGUCAUGGUGAAUUUACUAGCAAUCUUUUCCCAUGUUUCAUUUUAGAUUCCGAGCAUAGCGAGGGAACUAUUGGUUUUAAAAUGUUGUUUAUUUCUUCUUCUUUUUUUUCAUUGUUCUAAUCUGUGGACACGUUUUUUUUAAUAAACUUGCUUUGAUUUGUACAUGUAGCAACUUUUCUGAAAGUUUAACUCGUCUAGAUGGUACUUUUAGCAAGCCACUUUUUGAUUUUCUACCCUAUUUAUUAAACAAAAAAAUUAAGUGAGGAAAAAACGUAGGAAAACAUACAAUUUCACGAUUUCAUUAUUUUAUAAAAGCACGGACGACGUUUUCUCCCAAAAAAAAAUGGUUUAAUCGAAAAAUCAUAAAAUACCUCUUUUGUUCCCUUUUUGAUUUUCGUCUUUACGGUAUCGUCGCCAAAACUUUUGAGCCACUUUUAAGCUUUUAAGGAAUUUUAAUUGUCGGGAAUUUUUUGCUGUUAUUCGCUUAUAAAUACACGUAGAGACUUGAAACUUAAUAACACUAAUAUUAAUAUAAUACUAAUAAUACUAAUAUUGAACCUACCUAGAUGUGGUAAAAUUUUCAAAAUCGUCGGACUACUUGUUUUCCUUUUUUUAAUUUUUUUACAGUGGUACUUUUUUUAUAUACUGUAGAUCACUUUUAUCCUAGAAAACUUACUCCGAUGUAUAAGUGUAGCACUUUUUCUGAAAAUCACUUUUAUCUACAUGGUAAAUGCAUAGGGUUAUUUUUGGAUUUUCGUAACGAUAUUUAAAAUAAAAACGACUAACCAGAAAAAAAAUACGAUUUUGUUUACGAAUUCGUUAUUUUAAAUAAGUAUCUAUACCACGUUUUUUAGCACAAAUAUGUCUCCAAUUGAAAAAUGACAAGAGACCUUUUUUAUUGAAUUAUUAAUCUUGUUUUAAUGAUGCAGAUCGUUUUUUGAUUUUCGAAUUAGUUUUUAUAAUAAUUGGUAAAAACGUAGAAAGGUUAGGCUAAAAAAAACUACGACAAAAAAGUUUUCGAUAAAUUUAAAAUAAAAAUAAAUUUUUAAUGAACUUUAACAACUUGAUUUAGAUUACUUCAACAAUAAUGUUUAUAAUAUACUAUAUUAUAUAUUACUAUACAUUACUAACACUUUUUAUAGGACAACUAAUGGUUUUGAAAGCUUUCAUCGCAUAUAUAACAACCAAUUUUAUCACCCUCACUUUUAUAUUUAUUUAGUUAUAAAAGUAUUGAUGGAAUUUCAGUUGGAAACCGAAACUAAAUUCAGAUUGAUUAUAUAGUACAGUGAUCAGAAAAUGUUGAACGCAAGAGAAAAAUAACGUAUGGAAUCUACUAUAAAUACUUGCAAUAAUACAAAUCAAAUUAAUUUAAUUUAUUUAAUUUUUAUCACAAGUAGGUCCUUGAUAUCAAGGGGGAAAAUUGAAAUAAAUUUGUCCAUACAAUUUGUUUUUAUUAUCAUUUUUUUUUUUUAUUUAUUUAUAUUAUUAUAUAUAUAUUUUUUAAAUCGUGUUACAUUACAGCCAGAUGAAAAAAAUCUUUUGUAUUAUGAAAUUGUGCGGAAUCGGGUAGAUAAAAAGGUACAUUGUGCGGAAUCGUGUGCUACCUUUUCAGCCGCCGUCGCGUGUCGAUCACGCCACUAUAGUAUACGUAGUGAGCUGUAUUAACAUAACAUUUAACGGCCGUUCGUAUGUGUCAAACUAAUGUAUUAGUAAAUGCAUAAGUGUAGUGUAUAAAAAAAAAUAUUUUGUAGUGUGCAACAGGUAGCUGGUAGAUAAUACGAGUAGAAAAUACGUUGUCAAUAAUUUAAUUAAUUCAAUUUUCUGUAUGCACGGCAGCGUCUUAUAUAGUAGCUGAUCGAUAUAAAUUGACCAAUUAUAGAACAAUUACAUAUUCUGUGGGAGUGGCGUGUUGUACCUCCGCCAAUAAUAUAAUGCGCAACGCGCAGUGCGUUCUCAUUUGAAAAAUAGUAUAUAGAGUAUAACAGAACUAUUAGACAUUUUCACGUGUAACUUAUACGAUAUAAAAAAUGAAUUAAUUUGCGAAUUAAUUAUUCGAUAAUAUCAAACAAUAUUUGAUUUUAUUUUUUAUUAAUACAAACAUUAAAUAUGAAUGUAUGUGCAACUAAUUAAAUAACAAACAAAUUUUAAAAAAAUAAUUCUAUUUAACGAAUUCUUCUAUGUAUUACUGUUAACUUUUUUUACUUCCCAUAUGAGAUUUUGUUGUAUGGAAUUUUCACUGCAGUAUGUCUAAAUAAAGUAUGUCUGUAAUCAAAAAAUAAAAUAAAUAUAUAAUUAUACUACUACAUAGAUACUUCAUUAGAAGGUGGUUAAAUGAACCAUGGGUUAUCCACCCGACGGUAGCUAAACUGUGGCCAGACGGUUAUGCAAAUUGGGAAGCGGUAGCUGGGACCGUGCUUCUGGACAAGCAUCUGGGGCUUAUCCUAAGCCUCCGGGGCUCGUGA